AUCAAUAAUCACCACACAAAAUCUCCCACUUUCAUAUAAACUCUCUAACUCUAACUUGUUCCACUUUUAAGUUUUACACCACUACCAUCAUCACAACAUGGCUACUGCUGCUGCAGGCAUAGCCUCAUUGUUUUCAUCUUCCAUCAACACUGUCAAAUGUCUCCGUUCCAAAAACUGCAUGUUUGCACCAUCUUCUAUGUCACAAUUCUCUUAUUCUUACUCACUUGAACCUUUAUCCAUUGGCACAACAAUCUCAUCAUACAAGUUAUGGAUGCCUAGAAUUUCAGCUGCUGUUGCACAGGAAGAAGCUAUUGUUGCUCCUGCUGAAGAGGAGGUUGUGGUUGAGGAGGAAGUAAAAGAAGGAGAAGAAAAAGUGUAUACUACGACUAAGCUUUAUUUUGGUAAUUUACCUUAUGGUGUUGAUAGUGCACAACUUGCAGGGUUAAUUGAAGAAUAUGGUAGUGCAGAACUAAUUGAGGUUCUUUAUGACAGGGACACUGGAAAAAGUAGAGGCUUUGCAUUUGUCACAAUGAGUUGUAUUGAAGAUUGUAAUGCAGUGAUCAAAAAUCUUGAUAAAAAAGAGUUCAUGGGGCGAUUCUUGCGGGUGAACUUCUCGGACAAACCGAAAGCAAAAGUACCAUUGUACCCUGAAACUGAGUACAAACUUUUUGUUGGGAACUUGUCUUGGAGUGUAACUUCUGAGAUUCUUACACAAGCCUUUCAAAAACAUGGAACUGUGGUUGGAGCUAGGGUGUUAUAUGAUGGCGAAACUGGAAGGUCCCGUGGUUAUGGCUUUGUUUCUUACGCCAGUAAAUCAGAAAUGGAAGCUGCCCUUACAGACAUGGAUAAUGUGGAACUAGAAGGACGAACAUUGCGUGUAAGCUUGGCUCAAGGAAAACGUGCAGAAGGUUGAUAGAAACACGAAAAAGGCUCGGCUCUCAGCUCUUAGAUGUUCGACAAUGGCAUGCCAAAGAAAUGAGAAGGAGAUAGCCAUGUACCAACCAUGAUGCACUUGCUUCACCUUGAUGAGAAGUUCCUUUUCAUUUCUUGUGGUGUAUAAAUUAUUUUGUCCCAUUUUCAUAAGAUAUGAUAUGCUGACCCAAAUGAGACUUUAUUGUGUUAAAGUUUUAGCUAGUGCUAACAUUGGCUAUAUCAUAUAUAUUGCUUCCUUUCA